AUGGCUGCGGCCAGUGAGAGUAGAAGCGGAAGCACUGUCCUUGCCAAGGAGGCGCUGACGCAGGCGGUGCUGCUGCCGCUCCGCCACCCCGCCUCCUUCGCGGCCGCGCCCCUCCGGCUCCGGUCGGGCGCACUGCUGCACGGCCCUCCCGGCUGCGGCAAGACCGUCUCCGGGCCGGAGCUGCUGGACAAGUACAUCGGCGCGUCCGAGGCGAAGGCGCUCGGCCGCGCGCGCGGCUGCGACUCGACCGGCGUGACGGAUCGCGUGGUCAGCACCCUCGAAUCAGUGUUCAGCGUGACGGAUCGCGUCGUCAACACCCUCCUCUGCCAUCUCGACGGCGUCGAGGCCCUCGGCGCCGUGUUUGUGCUCGCAGCCUCCUCGCGCCCCGAGCUGAUCGACCCGGCUCCUCUGCUCCGGCCCGGCUGUUCGUUGAGGAGCUCGUUCGUCGGUUGA